UUGGCCCUUGGUACCCUUAAAAGGGCCCAGCAGUCCAGGCAGUGCAUUUCUGGACCCUCUAAGGAUUCUGUGGUUAUAGUCACUCCUCAUCGUCAAUCAUGAGAUUCCUGGCUUUCCUCCUUCUGGCAGCUCUGGCUGGGUCCCUGGUCUGUGCCCAAGAUGCCACCUCUGAGCCCACGGAGACUGCUCCUGACGAGGACCCUACAAGCCCUGAACUUGAGAGUCCAACUACAGAGGAAUCUUCUUCGCCUCAGGAGACAGACCCAGAAGCCCACGGGACUUCGGCAGCAGAUCAGUGGGUAAACAGGGUCCUCUCACCAAUUCCAGUGCUAAAUGUCCUGAAAGCUGCGUUAGAUAGAAGUUUCUUGCUAGCACGGAAGGCCGCAGAAACAGCAGAAAGAAGAGUGAAAGAAAGAAUUCAAGGUGGAUUUGACUAUCUUACAAGGGAGGCAUAGAAACUCGGGUCCCAACAAUUGGCUUUGAGAAGCUGAAAAGAAUGGAAUCCCUGGACUUAAUGCCUUAAACAUGUUUGUGGCCCAGAUCAAUUAAACUGAAAGCAUGAAA